AUGUGUAGGAAUCGUUAUCCAAAGGAUUAUGUUGAGCAUACUACUCAUUCUGAAGAUGGCUACCCUCACUAUUGGCGAAGGCAGAAUAAUCGAUCUGUUAGAGUGAGAAAUCAUUAUCUAGACAAUAGAUGGGUUGUCCCCUACACUCCAUACCUUCUUGCUCUUAUAGAUUGUCACUUAAAUGUCGAGAUUUGCUCAAAUGUUAAGCUGGUCAAAUACUUGUACAAAUAUGUGUACAAGGGACAUGACCGAGUCAGUUUUCAUAUUCAUUCUGAGGAUGCUUUGGAAGAUAUAGACGAGAUCCACAUAUUCCAAUCUGCUAGAUGGAUAGCAGCUGCUGAAGCGAUAAAUUCGAACCUAUCAGAUCUGAUCAACAGUGCAGCUUUUUCAAAAACGAUGCUGAUUGAGUUUUUUGCCAUGAAUAGACGAAGUAAGCAGACACGCAAGCUUAAAUGUCUAUAUCGGGAGUUUCCAGAGCACUUUGUUUGGCAUUCGGAUAGGAAAAAAUGGACUCGCAGAAAGCGCAGAAAGGUGAUCGGAAGAGUGGUUACCGUUAGUUCCAGUGAAGGUGAGCGAUACUUUCUAAGAUUGCUCCUAUCUCAUAUUCGUGCACCAAGGUCAUUUAACCACCUUCUCACUGUCAAUGGACAACUUGCGUCUUCCUAUCGAGAAGCUGCCUUUCGAAUGGGGUUGCUUCAGUCAGAUGCCUAUAUAGAAGACACUCUUGACGAAGCCAGCACAUUUCACAUGCCUUGGUCGCUUAGAGCCUUGUUUGCCAUGUUACUUGUUUUUUGUGCCCCUUCCAAUCCUAUUAGUUUAUGGAAAAAAUAUGAGAGGGACUUAUUAGGUGAUUUCGAAAGAAGUGGACUUGCAAGUGGCCAUGAUCCUGCUUACAUUAGUAGAUGUGUGCUGCAUGAUAUAAAUAGAUCAUUGGAGCAGAUGGGUAAACGCAUUGGUGAUUACCAUCUGGUUCCUGAUGAUCUUCUGUUUACCAGCCAUGAACGUUUUACCAAGGAAAUUGAAAGUGAGCGAAAUAUUCCCUUUACAGAUGAUGAUUUGCUAACGGUUUAUCAAUUGAACGCUGGUCAGCAAACUGCAUAUAAUGCUAUUAUGACAGACAUCUUUUCACCUGAUGGCAAAAGCUUCUUUGUCGAUGGUCCUGGAGGAAUGGGUAAAACCUUUUUGUAUCAUGCCCUCCUUGCUACGUUGCGGACACAAGGCCAUAUAGCAUUGGCGGUUGCAUCAUCCGGGGUAGUAGCGUCUACUAGCGGUUUAAGAUUCCUCUUGAUGCAUCAAACACUAGGACUUGCCAGAUCAGUAAGCAGAGCUCGACUGCUAAACUAA